AUGGACAUGCUGUCCGAGGACACCUGGUGGAGCGGCAGGGGCAGCCAGACUGUGGUGGGAGGGGAGGACAGAAACCCUUCUUUCAAGACUGAAGAUGAGCCUCCCGGGGCCACUCUGAAGCCGCUGGUGUUCCGUGUGGACAAGACCACUCCGAAAGUCGUGCAGAGUGUCCUGCUGGAGCGCGGGUGGGACAAGUUCGACGAGCAGGAGCGGAAUGUGGAAGACUGGAACCUGUACUGGAGGACUUCCUCUUUCCGGAUGAUCGAGCACAUCAAUAUCAAGCCAUGGCAGAGACUCAACCACCACCCGGGCACAACCACGCUCACCAGGAAGGACCGGCUGGCCAGACACCUGCAGCGCAUGCGGAGGAUGUAUGGCGCCGCCCUCUACGAGUUCGUGCCCGAGACGUUCAUCAUGCCCAGUGACUACACCAAGUUCAUAGCCGAGUACUUCAGGGAGAAGCAGACGCGGGGCGCUAAGCACGGCUACUGGAUCUGCAAGCCAGCAGAGCUCUCACGUGGCAGGGGCAUAAUGAUCUUCAGUGACAUUAAAGAUCUGAUCUUCAGCGAUGCGUAUAUAGUGCAGAAAUAUAUCUGCAACCCUUUGCUUGUCGGUAGGUAUAAAUGUGACCUCCGCCUCUAUGUCUGUGUCACUGGCUUUAAGCCUUUGACCAUUUAUGUGUAUAAGGAGGGGCUAGUACGGUUUGCUACAGAAAAGUUUGACCUCCAUGAUUUGAAAAACUGUUAUGCACAUCUGACCAACAGCAGCAUCAAUAAGUCUGGGGUCUCCUACGAGAAGAUCAAAGAAGUAGUUGGUCGUGGUUGCAAGUGGACCCUCAGCAGGUUUUUCUCGUACCUUCGCAAUGGGGACGUGGAUGACCUGCUUUUGUGGCAGAAGAUCAACCACAUGGUCAUCCUCACAGUCCUCGCGAUGGCUCCCUCCGUCCCCUUUGCUGCCAACUGCUUUGAGCUCUUCGGGUUUGACAUCUUGAUUGAUGACAACUUGAAGCCGUGGCUCUUGGAAGUGAACCACAGCCCUGCCUUGUCCUUGGACUGUUCCACAGACGUGUCCGUGAAGAGGAAACUUAUCCACGACAUCAUUGAGCUGAUCUGCUUAAACGGUCUAAGAAGCGAGGAGAAAGAGAGCCGCAAGGCAGCGAGCGGGAACCCCGACCCCCUCUUCUCUAGGGGCGCCAGGCGCGGGCGCGGCGGCCCUCACACUCAUCUUCCAUACGGGUCUCUCCUGCGAUUCACAGGGAGGACGCACAGUAGGACCAGCCCCGCCACGGAGAAGGCUGUGAGCACCUGCCCUACCCGCCCGCGCACCACUCAGCUGAGAGAAACGGCAAACGGGCAGGACCUGCUGCUGUCGACCAGGGAGGCGCCCAAAAUCAAGGCCAGCCUCAGGGGCAGGCGCACGCCAGGCCCGACGCUCAUCCCCUACGUGACCCUCACCCAGCCACACCCCUGCAGGACCAAGAGCCCCCCGAGCGUCCCCGACACGGGCCCAGAGCCAGACCCCCAGGCAGGCAGCUUCACGCUCAUUUUUCCUUUCAAUGAAGCCACCUCGGGAGCGUCCAGGAAUGGGCUGGACGUCAGGAGGAUCAUCCAAGAGCUGCAGAAGCUGGUGAGCAAGCGGCAUCCCCACGCGCCGGGAAGUGGAGCCAAGCGGAGGCGACGCGCACUCCGGACCCAAGGGGAGCGGCAGGUCCAGCACCUCCUGCCUGCAGCACAGCAGCACAUGGUCUGA